AUGUCUCAAGAAUACAACAUCCGUCCAGACCUCGGCGGCGCUGUCCGCAGGUUCCUGUACGCGCAGAUCUUCCGGACGCCGCCCUAUCCUACACAAUCUUUCGCAGGACAGACGGUCAUUGUAACAGGCUCCAAUUGCGGCCUUGGCCUCGAGGCAUCCCGGCACUUCUAUCGGCUCGGGUGUGCGAAGCUCAUUCUGGCAGUGCGCACUGUGUCCAAAGGCGAGGCUGCCAAAGAGGACAUUGUCCGCAGCGUCAGGAACCGUAGCGAUGGCGCCGACGCGAUCGAAGUCUGGCCUCUGGACCUGGCCAGCACGGGCUCAACACUCAGCUUCGCGGAGCGGGUGAGGACAUCGUUGCCUCGGGUCGAUGCGGUCAUCGAAAACGCCGGCAUCAACAACUUCUCCUGGAAAAUCGUCGAGGGCGGCUGGGAGGAGACAAUCCAGGUCAACGUGCUCAACACGCUGUUACUGGGCUUGCUCGUCCUGCCCAAGCUGUCUGAGACGAAAACAAAAGAGCCCGGAUCAACUCCACAUCUGGAAAUAGUGUCUUCGCUUGUCCACCGGUUCACUCGCUUCAAGGAAGCCAAUGCGCCGGAUAUUUAUGCUGAAUUGAAUGACAAGCAGAAGUUUGCCGUUGCGGAUAGAUACAAUGUCAGCAAACUUCUAGAAAUCCUCUUCGUGCGCGAACUCGUGUCCCGACUCGAGGCACAGGCACAGGCACAGUCUUUGUCAUCCUCGCCCGCAUCCCGUAUAUCUGGCGUCGUCAUCACCCUGGUCAACCCGGGCAUGUGCGUCUCCAAUCUCGACCGCGGCAUGCCUCUUCCUAUGCAGACGGCGCUUUCUGUCUUCCGCUUCUUGCUCGGCAGGUCGACCGAAGUAGGUUCCAGGACCCUCGUGCAUGGCGCGUGUGCUGGCCCGACAUGCCACGGCGAAUACUUGUCGGAAUGUCAAAACGAACAGGUCGAGAACUGGAUUUAUUCUGAUGUGGGUAAGGGAGUGCAGAAGAAAGUGUUCGAGCAGACCAUGAGGGUGCUGGAGCAGCGGAAGCCCGGUCUGGCCGGGGAGCUUGGAUUAUAG